UGGAGAGGUGACUUGGCCUCGCGGACACGGGGUGCUCCUUAGAUACCUGCCUACUUCAAGCCUCCUUUCCCUAGUUGAAUUAACUUCAACAUCAGUUCAAUUUAUUUUCUCCCCUUUUAGCCAAACCCCUCCCCCCAGCCCUUUUGGCAUAGAAAAAAAUAUUUAUUGAGUGAAUUGCAAGGUUGCAGUGGUCAGGGCUGUAACAGCAGAACCGUCUUAUCCAAACUUUUUGAAGGGAGCUUGCCAUAUUCUGCUUGGGUGGAAUUCCACAAGUUUCUUGUCUACUCCAUUAUAAGCCAAGAUUUAUGCCUUUAAAGUCCGUUUUUCUACUAAUAUCUGACCAGGUGGAGAGGAUGGAAAAAGCAUUUGUGAAAUGUAGGAAUGAAUGUUUUGUAAGUAUUAUUUGUGAGUUAAGGUUGGGACGAAGUGGAAGGCUCUCAUAGUCUUCCUCCCUGGCUGUAGCGGAGCAUUGGGGCUACUUUGGUAAAUAACUAAAGGAGUGGUAGGUGGUGUUAGGGCUUCGCCAUUCUAGCCACUCUGGAAGCUAGGCCAGAAGUUCCCUUGAUUUCAGGAGUUCCAUUCCAGUGUGGGCAGCUUAGUGAAGACCUUUGCCUCAAGAACAUGGUGAAGGGGAUUCACACUCAUACCAUGGUUCCCAACUGGGAAACAGUUCACUGGGGGAAAACAAAAGAUUGCCUACACCCUUAGAUGGCCAAAAGGAAGUUUGGGAAGGCUGUGCGCAAGUUGAUCUGAUGGGGCAAGGGGUGGCGGGUGGGGGAUAAAAGAGAUGAUGAGCAAACCAAUCAGUCCGAAAACUAAAAGGAAUUAGGUCUGAAACUUAAUGAUCACUCUUUCUACUAAGAAAAACUUUUCCCUGUAGUUUUAAAUGUAAAGUAGGAUUUUGCUGCAAAAGAAGAUCCAAGGACCUUUUUGAAGUUACCACCAAAAGAAGCAAUCAUGCCUGGGGAAACAGGAAAAACCGACAUGGAGAGGAUUGGCCUCUUCAGUGAGAUGGAAUACGUUACUGUGGGAGAUAAAUAUGUGUCACCAUUUAAUCGACCCUUUAAUGAGGCUGCAAGCAAAAAAAGACAGAUGCUGCCUGGGGGAUCCAAACAAAUGUCAAGCCUCCAGGCGGGGUACUUUGAUCCUCAGUUUGCCAGGAUUUUCGAAGGGGAAGGCUAUGUGAGCCUGAAUCAAGUAAGGAGACGGUUCAUGAUGGCAGAAUCCAAAAAAAACCUCAGCAAAGCCUUCAUCCCUAGUAGUGGAGAGAAAAAGCCAAGUGGAUUAGGAAGCUAUUAUGGAACCAUUGGUGGCCCUAUCCCAUUCUUCAGUGCACAGCUAAGACCCAGGGACAAAUAUCAGCCACCUGGGAAGAAUUUAUAUACCAACCCGGGAAAAAAAGGAACUGGAUAUGGCUAUGCCAAUAUUACCAUAGGCAAGCAGCUUGCACACUCUGCUGACUUAUAUGAUGCAGCGAAACUGAAUUAUAAGGCAGAAAAUGAAGAACACCAUCGAUUACUCAAAGGGUCACCUUUUAAGUUAAAUCUUCACCCUAAGGAAUAUUUUGAUAGUAACCCUUAUUUCCUAGAGAAUCCAUUACCUCCACUUAGAAGAGAAGAAAGGAAGGAAUCUGUCAUAAAGGCUUUUAAGCCCUCCUCUCCUGGUAAAAAGCCUGGUGGAAUGAAGGCAGGAACGUUUGAACCUUACCCAGCACACUCAGCUGACCCUUAUGUAGUUAAAAUGGGAAAGGUGGUUCCUGGGAAAGGGGAAAAGAUUUUCCAUCCACCAAAUGGACCAAAAAGCAGACCCAUAGAAAGUAUAAUGGCGCUGAAUGUCAAAAGGGCACUGAAUGUGAAGAAUUACAAGAGUGUCUCAGCAGACACACUGGGGAAGCAGCUGGUUUUCUAGCUUCUCUCAAGAACUUUCUGGAAUAUGCAAUGUUAUGGAAUCCGUGAUCCCACAGCAUUUAAAGGACAUUUCAACACGAGACUCAACUGUAACAUCCUUCCUGAUUUUAAUGCUGUUUAAUAAAUAGUGUUGGCUAGCGACUUAC